AAUAAAAAAGAAUUAAUAAAUGCAAUUAAAAAAAGAGCAAAAAACACCAAAGAGUCAUCCCCUUUUCUUCGUCUCUUUCUGCCACAAAAAUCAUCCGCUUCAUUUCUUCUUCUUCGAUUCCUCGUCAGAAUUAAUGGCAUCCGAAAACCCUUGUUAUUUUUUGUUUUUCAGCUGAGAAUAAAAGAAGACCCCGUAAAAUUGAAGCCCCUAAUUAGAAACCCUAGCCCAGAAUCUGUUUGUCUGCAUGUUUAUGUAUUGAAUUGGGGGUAAUCAAGUGCACUCCUGUUCGGAUCUUUUCAGAUCUGGUGCUGUGUUUUUGUUGGGGCAGUUCCUUGUGGAUUAAAUGUUGUAUGUUUCUGCGGCAGCAGCAUAUUGUGGACUUGAUUUUUGUGAGACUUUGUUUAAUGGAAGAUGACCAUGCUGAUGGAUAACAACAUAGAAAAUUCUUCAAGAGAGCGUGUACAGCGCCUCUUAGACAAGAAUACUGAGUUGGAAAAUAAAAGAAGGAAAGCAGCACAAGCCAGAAUCCCAUCAGAUCCUAACACAUGGCAAAAUAUGCGUGAAAAUUAUGAGGCCAUUGUCCUCGAAGACCAUGCCUUUUCUGAACAACAUGAGGUGGAAUAUGCUCUGUGGCAGUUGCACUAUAGGAGGAUUGAGGAGCUAAGAGCACUCUUUAAUGCAGCUCUAUCUUCAGCAGGAUCAGUUGCAUCCCAAAAUGGGAAAGGUUCAGUUCGUACUGGACCGGACCGACUUUCAAAGAUCCGUUUACAGUUUAAGACCUUUCUUUCCGAGGCGACUGGAUUUUAUCACGAUCUGAUGUUAAAAAUACAAGCAAAGUAUGGUCUGCCAUUAGGAUAUCUUUCUGACGAUCAAGACAUUCAGAUUCCAAUGUCAAAAGAUGGAAAUAAAUCUUCUGAUGUGAAAAAAGGCAUGAUAUCCUGUCAUCGAUGUCUGAUUUAUCUGGGGGAUCUUGCUCGUUACAAAAGCUUAUAUGGAGAAGGGGAUGCUAAAGCUCGGGAUUUUGCUGCUGCUUCAAGUUAUUAUAUGCAUGCUUCUUCCCUUUGGCCUUCAAGUGGCAAUCCACAUCAUCAGCUUGCUAUACUAGCUGGAUAUUCGAACGAUGAACUUCUGUCGGUUUAUCGUUAUUUUCGAAGUCUAGCAGUUGAGAAUCCUUUCAUUACUGCAAGAGACAACUUGAUUAUUGCAUUUGAGAAGAACCGUCAUUAUUAUUCCCAGUUGGUUGGUGAUGCCAAAGCUGCUACAGUGAAGACGACACCUUCAAGGGUGAAUGGGAGAUCAAGAGGCAAGGGGGAAACAAGGCCUUCCCUCAAAGAAAAUAAGGUGGAAGCUAGUGCAGUCAAGGAGAGUGCUUCAAGUAAAUUUGAACUGUUUAGAGUCUUUAUGACACGAUUUGUUAGGCUGAAUGGUAUUCUCUUUUCACGUACAAGCCUGGAAACCUUUGAUGAAGUGUUCUCAAUGGUUAAAAAGGAUUUAUUGGAGCUUCUUCCUUCUGGUCCAGAUGAGGAGUUCAACUUUGGUUCAGCUGCUGCUGAGUGCAGACUUGCAAUUGUCAGGAUGGUCGCUGUUCUAAUAUUUACUGUACAUAAUGUUAAUAGGGAAAUUGAAAAACAAUCAUAUGCCGAUAUUCUACAGCGUCCAGUCCUGCUUCAGAAUGCUUUUACUGCGACAUUUGAAUUUAUGGGCUGCAUUCUUGAACGAUGCAACAACUUGAAAGAUCCCUCAUCAAGCUUUUUUCUGCCUGGAAUUAUGGUUUUUGUUGAAUGGUUGGCCUGUCACCAGGAGGUUGCAGUUGGCAGUGAACUGGAAGAGAAACAAGUAAAUGCAAGAACCUUUUUCUGGAAGAGAUGUAUCUCUUUUCUAAACAAGCUUUUAUCAAGUGGGGGUAUCUGUAUUAGUGAAGAUGAAGACGAAACAUGUUUUUCUAAUAUGAGCAAGUAUGAUGAGAGCGAGACUGCAAAUCGUCUUGCAUUACAUGAAGACUUUGAAUUGAGAGGGUUUCUUCCUCUUCUUCCUGCCCAGCUCAUCCUUGAUUUUUCAAGGAAAAACUCAUUUGGAGGCAAUAAAGAAAAGAUGGCUCGCGCUCAGCGGGUUAUUGCAGCUGGAAAGGCUCUUGCUAACAUCGUCCGAAUUGGUCAGGAGGGACUGUAUUUCGAUGGUAAACUGAAAAUAUUUGUUUUUGGUGUUGAACCUCAGACGCCUGAUGAUUAUGUGCUCACUAGUCAUUUGGAACCCAAUUUGAGUGUCCAUUUGGAACCCAAUUUGAAUGUCGUGUCAGACAUUUCAAAGACAGAGGUUGGCAGAGAAGCUGAGGACGAGGAUGAUGAGGUCAUUGUUUUUAAGCCAUCCACUACUGAGAAGCAUGUGGAUGAUUUCUCUUCAAAAUUGGCUUCGUCAGAGGUUCUCGCUUCUGUAGGUGGGGCUUCUGGGAAUGAAAGUGGGGCAUUCUCUGUUGCACAUGGUAAUUUCCUAUUGCAGGGUCCAUUAAAUGCAAGCUUGAAACCUCUUGCAACCGGUACCGACACUUUUGCUAAUGGCACUUCUCAAUAUCUGCACCCUGUCCAGCCCAGCAUUUCAAAAUGGCCGGUAGAACAAGUACCAAUUGUGAAUGGUUUGGCCCACUUGAAUAUGAUGGAAACUGGAUCCUUGAUGAAGUCUGAGCUGCAAGAUAAGUUUGGAGUUUCUCAACCGGCUUCACAUUCUGUGCCCUAUCCCCAUUUUGUAAAUAAUGGGAUCAGCCAUAAUUAUCCGAUUCAGAUUUCACAAGGCUCGAUUAUAUCAUCCGGAGCAUCUUCUGGCCUAUCUGUGAGACCCUUUUCUGUCAUGCCACCACCAGGCUUGAAGAAGAAUCCAGUGAGUCGACCUGUUAGGCACUUUGGUCCCCCACCUGGUUUCAGUACCAUUCCUUCUAAAGUUGUGGAUGAGCCAUUGUACAGCACGCCCUUGAAUACCGAAAAUCCCAUGAUUCCGCAUAUCGAUGAUUAUAGCUGGCUAGAUGGAUACCAGUUGUCUACAUCAAAUCAAAGUGUUGGAUUCCCUAAUUCAAUCAAUCAACCGGGCCUCAAUUUACCUUCUGCGAGCAAGAGCAAUGACCCAAUGGGGGUAGCGGCCUUCCCUUUCCCUGGGAAGCAAGUCUCAACGGUGCCAGUCCAGAGUGAGAACCUGAACGGCUGGCAGGACUAUUACUUUUUUGAACAUAUGAAGGAGCAGGAGCAACCAUUCCAGAACGGAAACCAACAACAGUCUGUCGGGCCUCCGCAGCAGUAUAAUGGACAGCCUCUCAGGGAAGGUCGUUUCUUUGUGUGAUGAUUCAAAGAGGAUUUAUGACAAAAGCCAAUAUCCAUGGCGGGGGGCUAUUAUGUCAAUUAUCAUUGUUGAGGAGUGGCCGAUGUUAUUAAGUUUUUAAUGGAGCAUCGUUGGUCUGGGAGUAUUGCAGGCACCUGCUGUUGAAUAGCUUGUGCCGAGCUUUACCAGAUUGGUUGGAUGAAGCUAAUGAUUUCAAUAGGUGAAAGUACGUGGAAACUUUAUAAGCUCGAUUGCGUAUUUGCCUUGUCUGGUUUGCCAAGUGAUUCUUGAGGGAUAUCGGAUUGUGGCGGACAGUGAUGCGUAUCUGUAAGGAAUUUGAAAACAAGUGUUAGAGAAAGAAAAGCCUUUUUAUUACAACACCUCUUACGGCUGGUGGAGGUUUUUCGUCUGAAACCUUUGUGUAGUAGUGUCUGCCAUGACAAAGAUUCAAAAGCUAUAAUUUCUGUGAUGCAACUCUUUGCAGUUGUAUCUCAACAAGUUCGAGUGGAAUUUGCUUGAGUCGUUUUUUUUUCAGUGUUAAAAUAAGUAUGCGAUUAUGGACGCAAUUAGGUAUUUCGACUUUUUCUUCGUUGAUGUUUUCUUUUUGUUGUUGAAUGUUUGAAAUACUUUUGCGAUGAUGAUGCUUUUAUCGGU